AGUUUUGUGAUUGAUUUCGUUAUUAGGUAACGUUACUGUUAUAAUUUUACUGAAUAGUUUGUCGACUUCAGAUUUUAAUUAUUUUAUUUAUGCGUUUACUUACAUAUUUUGCAACCGAAAAGCUUGGUCUACCUUCAUGAGCAGUUUACAUUUAGUCUUUUUCCGAAUGGUAUCUCUAGCGUUUCUAAUUUGGUUUACUGUCUUUUUAGCUAGUUAGCUGAGGGGAUAGAAGGGUCAGUACAGUAUGGGAUUUCAUGUUCGAAUGAAGCAGUAGGCUUACAGUUUAUGAAUUUAAAUUGUGCCACGAAUGAGUAUUUCAUAGGUAUUCAUAUGGAUAGGUAGCUUUGCCACCAGAAGUAUGCCUCUUGUCUUGCACAAGUUGUCGGCUCAGAGUCUCCGACCGGCCUUGAAAGAGUUAAGGUGAACUAUGGAAGGUGUGGUCAGGGAGAUGCUAUUUCCGUGUUUGCCAAGAGAAAACGAUAUGACCGGACUGUCUCUUAAUCUCCCAAACGUGUCUUUAGAACAGACAAUGGAAGGAGAAAUGAGAGAGAAUGUGGAUGCUCAGGAGGAUUUUCAGACUGUGGAGGUCGGGGAGCUCGAGGAAGGGAAGAACGCGCAAAAGGCUCCUCGUCGGGUUAUCCACUUCGCAAGCGGAGAAACAAUGGAAGAGUACAGCACAGAAGAUGAGGAGGAGGAACCGGAGAAGAAAGACUUGCUGUCCCCUGAUCCGUCUAACCUGACCUGGGGGCCGUACUUCUGGUUCCACAUGUGGAGGGCGGCUACAUCCACCGUCUCAGCAUGUGAUUUUCUUGGAGAGAAGAUGGCUGCAGCCCUGGGAAUCACCUUGCCCAAAUACCAAUAUGCCAUUGACGAGUUCUACAGGGCAAAGAAGGAGGAGGAAGAGGAACAGCAGGAAAAUCGUAUGUCCGAGGAGGCAGAACGGCGCUUUCAGGAGCAGAAGGGCCAGGAGGGCGCCCUCACAGAGCAGCCGGACAGCUCCAUCUCUAUCGUCAACAUCACCUGUGAGCUGGAGAAGGAGCCUUGCCAGAUCUCAGAUGCCUCUCCAUUCCCACCUAAUCCACUCUUACAGGAUGAUUUAAGAGUCUCUGCCCCUGUCCCCUCCUAACCCACAUUUAGAGAUUCUGUCCCCUCAUAACAAACUCUUACAGGGAUCAGAAAUUCCACUCCCGCCCUCUCAUAAUCCGUAUUUACAGAGGUCAGAGACUGUACCCCUGCCCACACCCAACCCACUCUUAGGUGCCAUUUGAAUGUGUUGCAACAGAAAGGUCACCAAGUUUGGAUGCAGAAGUGAGCAAAAAGAUCUAACUGGCCACCAAGUAACCAAAUUAGUGCUGUUUACAAGACUCACUCGCAUGACAUUUUUGCUAAAAAAAAAAAAAAGCCAAGUUGGUGGAAGUCUAUAUUAUGAUAAAUACUACUCCUACUUGCACUACUACUUCCAUAAUUACUGUUAUUGGUUGCAUUUUUAUAUUCUCACCAUUCCCUUAAUUGAACUAAAUAUGGUGAAUGUUUUGGAUAGAAUUAAUAUUGCUUUCUCUAGCUCUGCUGUGUGUGAAUGGAAUGGACAGUGUCAUGAUUGGUCAGAGACCAGAUUUUGUCAUUUCCAGUUUGUCACAGUGCAAGCUGAAAAAGCUCAACGCUUUGAGCUUUUGCCAUUCUCCAAAAGCUUUUUGAGAGCUGGGGUACCGUAUUUAAUCUUUGACCUUAUCUCCAUCUGCAGAAGAGAUUUCAUUGGCAAUGAUGAUUUCUGUUAAAGAAAUGUUUAUGGUCUGUUACAUUGCAGAAGGACAUCAGAUACUCCACCUCCAUCCCCUCCUAACCCACUCCUACAGAGAGAUUUCAGAGCCUGACUCAUCUUUCCCUAUCAUCCUAUUCCAAAACAAUAGUUUUAUAAUGUAUUUAUUCAAAAUCUAUUUAAAGGCAAGGUUGUUUUAUUUAUUUGUGAAGGAAAUGUUUGUCUAUUUUGUACAUAACACCACUUAAUAAACGUAUUAAUAACAAAUGCA